AUGCGUCUCUUGGGCAAGGCUGCGCACCCGGAUGGGUCGAUGGAGGUGCGGGUGUCGGUCGGCACCUCAGAGGACUUGUGGCACCUGUACAACUUUAUUCUCGUAGGCGAUCUCGUGCUCACCAAGACACGACGCAAAGUCCCGCGCGAGAACGCGCUUGGAACUCUCGCCGCGGAGAUGAAGAUGCUCAACCUUGAGGUGGAGGUGAAGCACAUCGCCUUCACCCCGGAUGAGCUGCGCAUUCAAGGCGUGAACAAGAAGGAAAACAACUUUGUAAAGACGGGGGCUCAUCACACCCUCACCAUUCACGCGAAACCGCCUCAGGAGGUGCGGAUCACGAAGAGGGAGUGGGAUUCCAUCUGCGAGGAUCGCCUAAAGGAUGCGUGUGACGAGUCCGGCAAAGCAGACACGGCUGCCGUGUUGAUGAGCUUCGGCGAGGCCCAGGUCAUUCUCGUCACGCGCUCCUUCAUGCACAUCAAAGCCAAGAUCGAGGUCACCAUCUCGAAGAAGCACAAGAGCGACGGCAAGGCGCGCGACAAGAGCAUCGAGCGCUUCUUCAAGCAGUCCCUUGACGCCCUUGUCACACACGUUGACUUCGAGAAGACGAAGCUCGUUCUGCUGUGCUCCCCAGGCCACGUGCGGGAGGAGUUCCACGCGUACAUCAAGGAAGUCACCCAGCGCGCAGACCACGGCCCUCUCCGUGAGGUGUACCUCAACCUCUCCAGGUUUCUUCUCGUAAAGGUCUCGUCGACGACGAUCAGCGGGCUCAAGGAGGCUCUCAGCGACCCUGGUGUGGCGCAGCGCAUGGAGUCGGCCAAGUGCGUCGACGACAUCCGCAUGUGGGAGAAGUUCCAGGACACUAUGAACAAGGACCCAGACAGGUGCGUUUACACCCCGCAGUACGUCUACUACGCGGUGAUGGCCGGUGCUGUUGGCGGCCUCAUGAUUAGCGAUGAUGUCUUUCGCUCCGAGAACCCGACCGAGCGCCGCUUCUUCUUGUCCCUCGUGAACUUUGUGCGUCAGAGUGGAUCGUCCACUGUGAACGUCUUCUCCAGCAACCACGUCACCGGCGAGCAGCUGACGCAGCUUGGCAGCGUAGCGGCGGUGCUACGGUUUAGCUGCCCUGAGAUUGAUGACAUGGAGGUGGUGCCAGAGUUUUUGGCCUCCAAGGAGGUGGAGGAGUUCAUUCGGGUGAACGCGGCCGCCCGCGUGACGGUCUAG